ACAAUAAAGGUGGUUGUUAGAGCUUCGCAGCUGUUUCUAUUUCCAAUAGAUAUUAUUUCUAAUUAUCACUUUUUGUUCUCAUCGUAUUUUUCACCUAAGUUUUCAUCCUGAAAAUCGUCCUUUGGGAAACUAAACAACGUUUUGAAGAGCAUAGAAUAAACACUGUUUUACAUAUAAGCCUCUUUUUUGUGAAGUUAAUUCUCGUUUAAAAAGUAAAGAUCAAGUUCCCAGCGAAUGGUUACCAAAAUAACGGCGAGUAUGAUGAGCUCGAUGAUGAGGAGGGAACCCACUCUCGACUACAUAGCCGUCAGUUACAUAGCCCCAAAGUGUCAAAACAACGAAAAUGAAUCGCCGGAAGACAAAAUCAAACCCGACCCUCUGGACCCCAAAAAUAUCGCUGAUAGUAUCAUUCGAUUGGAGGAGUUGAAGAAAGCGUCUCUGUCUAAAACUAAGCAUGACUCUGAUGAGGUCUUGGAGCAGGCACUAUCCAUUCUCCGUCACACUGAGUCCAUCAUUUCUUCCAUUAGAAGGGCAAGCGUUGGGAUGGUCUCCGAAGACAUUGAAGCCCAGACGAUGAUCUCCAGCGUUGAAGAUACUCCUAAAGCCGUCAAGGAAUGGUUGGCUGCAACUUUCACCAAACAAAUAUUCGGGAGAAGACAGGCGGUGGAGCCCCCGAAGUUCAGGAGUAUCGUACAAGCAGUCAGAGCUAGCAUGUACGUAGAUAAGAUAACCAGGAAGACUUCUCAAGCUCCUGUGGACGUUUCUCCCGCAACUCUCAUGCUUCAGGACCAGUUAAAUAACUGGGAUAUUGAUGUGUUUAAAUACGAUGGUCUGACGGGCAACAAACCGUUCCGAGGCUUGUUUGGUGAGGUGCUACGAAGAUAUGGCCUUGUUAAGAGGUUUAAGAUAAACCUGCACAACCUGGAGAACUACUGCGCUCUGGUUGAGAACGGCUACAAUCUGCACGGUAACCCCUACCACAAUGCAAUUCACGGAGCUGAUGUUCUCAUCACAACCCACAACCUCAUCUCAUCUACUGGCUUUGCUUCCUGGAUGACUGAUAUUGAGAUACUGGCUCUUCUCUUCUCCGCUAUGAUACACGAUGUUGAACACACGGGAACCACUAAUAACUUCCAUAUUUGUACCAGUUCACCUCUGACGAUAAUGUACAACGAUAGAUCAGUUCUGGAAAACCACCACAUCAGCUCGGCCUACAGAUAUCUUGAUCAACCGGACUCUAAUCCUUUCGAUAAAUUAUCGAAGGAUGACUUCAGGGAAAUGAGGGGGAUAGCCGUGGAAGCUGUUCUGGGAACUGACAUGAGCGCUCAUUUCACCCAAAUCAAGAACAUGCAGAACGCCCUCUUCAACCCCUCGACCGUUAACCGGAACACGGCGAUGACCCUGAUUCUGCACUGUGCUGACAUCUCACAUCCAACUAAAACAUGGGGUCUCCACAAGAAAUGGACGGAUAAUCUCAUGGAGGAGUUCUUCUGUCAGGGUGACAAAGAAACGUCGCUGGGACUUCCGAACUCGCCUCUCUGCAACAGAACAGAGACUUUAGUCCCCGAGUCCCAAGUCGGUUUUAUCGACUUUAUCAUCGUUCCUAGCAUGAACCUUCUUGGAGAUAUGUUCGAUGCUCUACUGCUUCUUCAGAAUGAAGAAGCCAACGCUACUGGAACUAAAUCUGUUAACUACAAAAAGGUCGAUAGACCGUGGGAUAAUCGAUUAUCCGAGAAUAGGAAAAGGUGGAAAGAGCUCGUCACUCCAAAAGACGAGACCCCUGUAACUCCAGCAGUCAAUGGCCGUGUAAAGGAAGAGGAAACGGAGUCAGUUAAGGAGAAGGUAUCUCAUCCCCCGACUAAAAAGAACAGCACCACCGACCAGCCGUCCUCACGGAAAUCAUCCUCACAACGAAACAGUCAGACAGACGCGCCCUCCUCCCUUAAUGGGGGCCCUAAAAUCCUCGAGGAAGAUCCUAAAACCGUUUCUUCCCCGACCGCGACUGGACAAUCAGCAGCUGUUGUCGGGGCCUGCCCUUGAUCUUGCGUGAGGCGUAACGCGUCAUUUUGUUCAGUUCCAAUGACAGAGAUUUUGUUAAGUCAGCACUUCAGAAAUUGAGAAGUUAAGUACGAUGAGUAAGGACUAGUGGAACGUUCGCUUUGUUACUUAUUUUGUGUAUAUUUUAUAGAAAUGAUUUGUACCAAAUGUACAAUACUUAAUACAGCAUCGCGCCAGCUUGCAUCAUUUGUUUGAUUUUUAAUUGCAUUAAAAGUGGAUAAAUGCCAUGUUUUAAAUUUUACUUUUACGUUAUAAGAUCAAUUAAGUGGGUUGCAUAAUUUGUUUAUCGAAAAGUUCGAAUUCAUAUUAAGGUGAGUAACCGAAGUACAUAAAAAAACAUACUUGAGAUCAGUUGAACAAUCACGAUUAUAAAGUGUAUGAUCACGUGAUGUUGACAAUUUAUUUCAAGAGCCAUUGUAUUUAUCCAAUAUUUUGCAACAAUAAUGCAUGAUGCAGUGGUCUUUCAGUUUUCACCUUUUCCUAACUUUUGACUAAGUUUUGAAUUUUGAUUUGAAGUUUUAAGAGCAAUUCGAAAGUUUAACAUUAAGUAGAGUCAUAAUUUGGGUGGUCAAAGAAAUUGCUACAUAUUUGUUUUCAUGUUUUGGAUUGCAAUGACUUAAUAUAAUCAUAUAAUGAUAUAAUUGCCGGCACAUUUCUAGUUACACUUAGACUGAAUUAAGUUUGAUAUGUUAUGGAUUUUUUUCUGACACGCGAACGAUCAUCGAUCGAAUAAUUGAUAUGUUGAAGAUUUGAAGACCUGUUAUGAUGAUGUGAUGUCUGAUAAGAAUCUUAAAUAACGAGUGACGAGGUUAUACUCGAGGUCAAUAAACUAUGCAGUAUACAAUGAAUGAGUUCGCCAAAAGCUUUUAGAUUUUUACGUAUUACAGAAAGUUGCAUAUUUAAGUUUUACCGUUUGGUCUUAAAUUGGCUUCUUAGAAUAACUACAGUUAGAAUAGUAAUGAGUAAUAUUUAUCACAGCAAAUUCAACGAAUAUGCAAUGUAAUAUCUAUGACGAUUUUGUACCAAGAACUUUGUGCUUAUCUACCAAA